CUCAAAUGAUCGACACAGAGACAGGGAUCGGAGGGUUAGAGUCCCCGACCUCCGUCAGAAAUGGGGAACGUGCAGUCGGAGCCGUCUGCGGGCGGGAGCUCCCGAAAAGAGCAAGCCUCGGACCGCUCCUCUGACUCCCGCCGGACGUCCCUGGUGGAGCCCGAGGUGACCCCCUCUUCCCCAGCCAUGCGCCUGGCUCGCGGGCUGGGCGUCUGGUUCCCUGGCAGCUCCGCGCCCCCGGGAAUCCUGGUACCCCCGGAGCCCCAGGCCUCAACCUCGCCCCUGCCCCUGACCUUACAACUGCCCUCGCCAGUGACGCCCCUUUCAGAGGAGGCGGCUGCGGCCGCGGUCUCCACACCACCCCCGCCCCCCGUGGGGACCCUGCUGCCCGCCCCGUCUAAGUGGCGAAAACCCACGGGCACUCCGGUGCCCCGGAUCUGCGGUCUGCUGGAGGCGAGCCAUCGCGGCCAGGGCGAUCCUCCGAGCCUCCGUCCGCUGCCGCCGCCGCCCCGGCAACUAACUGGAGAGGACCGCAACUCUAUCCCGGGGGCCCCAUCCCCUACUCAGCCGCCCUUGGAGCCGCGGAAGCUGCCACCACCGCCACCUUCCGACCGGCAGCCCCCGGACCACAGAAUCAUUCCUGCUCUGGCCACACCCGCCACACCCCCCACAGAAAGCCAGGUCGGGUACGGCAGCGAGGGCCAGACGGCCGUUGGAGCCCGCAGAGGGGCGCCUCCCCAAGCGGGCGAGGGCGAAAUGGCCCGGCCUACGGUCUCCGAGUCCGGCUUGAGUCUGCUGUGUAAAGUCACCUUCAAGUCGGGGCCCACUUUGGCCCCUCCGGCAGCCUCGAGUUCCUUAGCGGCCAAAGCCUCGCUCGGGGGCGGCGGAGGCGGAGAACUCUUCGCUGCUGCCUCGGGUUCCAUCUCUUACGCUGAGGUCCUGAAGCAGGGGCCCCUGGCCCCUGGGGCCGCUCGACCCUCGAGAGAGGUCCCUCGGGGGACUCAGGAAGCAGAAGGCGGUGAUGGAGACGGCGAGGGGUGUUCUGGACCCCCCUCGGCGUCUGUGUCCCACGUCAGGACCCUUCCGCCGCCACCGUACACCACCUUUCCAGGCUCGAAGCCCAAAUUUGACUGGGUGAGACCUCCCGACGGCCCCGAACGCCACUUCCGUUUCAAUGGAUCCGGCGGCGGUGUCGGGGUGCCCCGACGGCGGGCGGCCGCGCUCUCAGGGCCCUGGGGCUCCCCACCGCCUCCGCCAGGGCAGACGCACCCAGCUCCCGGGCCCCGGAGGCCUGCACCGGCCCUGCUGGCGCCGCCUAUGUUCAUUUUCCCGGCGCCCACCAAUGGCGAGCCUGUGAGCCCGGGGCCGGGAGGCCCACAGGAGGUGCCACCACCGCCGCCUCCCGCGCCGCCGCCGACACCGCAGCCGCCCGUGCUCCGGCCGGCGCCGCUGCCCGUGGCCCGCCCUCCCACCCCACGCCCGGGCCACUUGGAGGCGGUGCCUCUGGCUCCCGCCAGGGCUCCCACUCUGCCCCUCGCCUUGGCUGCCGACCAGGCCCCGGCCCCGGCCCCGGCCCCGACCCCGGCCCCGGCCCCGGCCCCAUCCCCGGCCCCGGCCCCGGCCCCGGCCCCAUCCCCGACCCCGGCCCCGGCCCCAUCCCCGGCUCCAGCUCCCACCAUAGCGGAGCCAACGCUCCCUGCGCCCGCGCCCAUCAAGUCCCGCACGCGCAGGAGCAAGGGUCCCCGCGCAGCCCGAGGCGCGACCCGUGAGGAUGGCGCACCCGGAGAUGGUCCUCGCGAACGUACUGCAGCUACCGUGACCGACAGUGGUGGUGGAGGGGGUGGUGGCAGCGGGACGCCUCCAGCGGGAAUGGCUAACACGGGCACCACACGCCACUGGCCGCCCUUCCAGGUGCUUAACUCUUGUCCCUACAAGUGUUACUGCCGCCACCAGCCGCGUCACCGCCGUCUGCCACGCAACGUGUCUGCCUGGCUGAGCACGCCCACCAACCACCUGAGCGAGCCACCCUGGGUUGCCACCAUCAAGCUGGCUGGCUCCCUGGUGGCCGGGCUGGAGCACUACGACUUGCAGGCCACGCAUUCCAACUGA